AUGGCCAAGGUCCCGCAGGGAUGCCCGUGGGAAGUUUUCCUGGCCUAUGCCCAGGCGGAGUGGCGCAUCUACCGCUCAGAAACAAAUGCCUUGCGCGCUCUACGAAUCGCGUAUCUCCGGUACCGGCUUCAUGUCCACUUUCUGGUCGCCUAUGUCGACUUCCUGGUCGGCAUCGGCCGUUUAGAUGCUGCCCGAGAACUGUUCCGGAUUUCCGUCUGUACUCUGCAAAGAGAGAAAGGGACUGGAAGUGCCUUGCUGUGGCGCAAAUGGAUUCGUCUCGAGCUGCGCUAUGGCGACAUGUCAACACUCCAGGGGGUGAUCCAUUUACGCGCCCAGCAGCGGGCGCAGCUGUCCCUGGAUGACGCGAGCCUGCUGCAGUCUUCGGUGGAGCUCGACGGCGCGCCUCUUGGUGCCUCUGGGGCGGGGCUGCCUUCCGGGGAGGCUGCAAGUCGCCAUCGAGCAGAGAUGGCUGUCCUCUGCAACAGAAACUCAGUCGCGCAUGCUGAGGGCGGCGGCAAAGAGAAAGGCGCCGACGCGACGACGGUCGAAAAGGACGAUGUGGCGCGAGCGAAAGUUGCUGUCCGGAAACGCCAGUUCAUGGGCGGAGAUGGUUUGAACGAGAUUGCGGACUGCUACCACAUGCUGGGGCACCUAGCGCCGCGGUCGUCGCUUUUGCGAUCUUUCUUUGCGGAUGCCGAAGAGGCAGAGCCUACAGCAGAGGAAGCGCUUGCAGCGGUUUUUGGCGAGGCCGACAUGGAGCGAGACGGCGUGGACGACGGAGACGAAGCCGAAACUCAAAGAGAGGCAGAGCGGCGGGGAGGCGGACGGCGCAGAGGCGCCAGACACGGGAAACCGCGGAAAGGAGAGAGUGAGGAUCCGGACGCAAAGGCCCUGACUGCCUCGGGUGUCCUUCCAGCGCAGGAUCCUCACGGGAAGGUGGAAACGGAGACGCGAAUGGGAGAUGGCGCGGCUUCGGCUGGAGGCGGAAGCCCCACAGCAGGCACCGGGGCGGGGUACGCCAGUAAACUCUUGGCCGAGACCGCGAAACGAAAAUUUGCAGAGACCGCAGCAGCGGCACUGCCAGAGAAGGAGGACGCGGAGGCGGGUCCAGUCGAACCGCCGCAAGCUCUCUGUGACUUGAUUGCACUGUUGCCGAAGAACGACAUGCGAAACUUUGUGGAUGCGGAUCUCGUGGACUACACGAUGGUUGCGUUGGCUGGAUUGGAACUGCCUGAAGUUCCAGAGUCGGAACGCGUCCCGAUCCAGGUCAAGGAUCUCUUGGCCUUGCGGCAUUCGCAGCUCCAGUGCUUUCGAGCGAUGCAAAUCCAACAGCAGGCGAUCGCGGCUGUUCAAAAGAGCCCGAAAGCCCCGGUAGCCUCUGGGCCUGGAGCCGAAGCGUCUUGCGCUGGGGCGGCGGCAGAUGAAGAGCAGGACGCGGAGUCCCGUACGGGUCCUUCCCCGUCGCCGUUCCCCGAUCGCCGGUCGUCGUCUCAGCCGCGGUCUUUCUUCGGGCAUCGACGGCGAGCAGAGGGGACGCGCGACGGCAGGGGCCGGUCUCGGGCAUCUGCUGAUGUGCUCAGUUCCGCUUUGUCAGAUAUUUCCAGCGGGGACGAUGAGGCUCCGACCCCCCCCGACCUCGAGUUCUAUGGCGGCGCAUCCGGCGAACUGGCGGAGCAAGCGUAUUUACAUCCAAUUGUGCAUCCUCCCGGCCAGGCCGUGGGGGCAGGAGGCCCCGCGCCAUGGCCGGCUACUCUGGCGCAUGCUGCCAGUGGGCUGCCGCCUCCUGCUCGGUAUGGAGGCGCCCGCCAGCCUCAGGUCGCAGGUGUGCGCGCUCUCCAGGCCGCUGGGGCGUAUCCCGUCCCACAUCAACACCUUUUGUAUCCUGGCCAAGAGUUUUUGGUUGCGCCUGGGUCAAUUCAUGUCCGAAGUGCGGUAGGCCGAGAGGCUUUCGUCCCCGGGGCAAUUGGACCUGUCUUCCCGUCGGCGGCCGGGGGAAGUGUCCCGCCGGGUUGGGUUGUCCCAGGAGGUCCGCCUCCUGGCAGUCUCCACGACCCGCAUUUAGCCGCCGGAGUGAUUCCAGGUGCCGUUCCGUUUGCACAUUUGUACCCGCAAAUGCACCCCGUACCGAAUCCCAUGGCCGCUGUCGCUCUCGGCGCACCUCGCCACGAUGUUCCGCCCGGGUGGCCUGCGGCUCCGAGCUUUUUAGGGGGGUUGUUCGGAGGCGCCCCGCUUCCGAAAGCUACGAGGAGACGCGUGGAACCUGAAUGA